AUGGGAAAUGUUUGUGAACGUGGCUCCAGAUUAAGAAGCGUGUCAGAAAAGUGUUGGGGUGCCACUAAUUACUAUUCGGGAAAAGAGGCUGUUUUACGUGGCUACUCUAGGCCGGUUUGGCUAUGUUUUGGUCAUGCAAAAAAAUUGCAAGUGGAAAGUCAAAGGAGGUGCUGUUUUCCGAGUGAAAAUGCUUGCACGCAAAGGAACAAUUUACUGCCAUGUCCGCAGAGGAUUCUCACCGUAGCAGCAAACCUUGAAAACUACCAAGGAGGUGCAUUUCUUUGCCAAGGCCACCUAAAUCUCGUGGACGAAGCUCCCAUAUUUACCAACCACGCUCUCUACAAACCCCCCUACUACGAGAAAGGUAUGUUUCUUUUACACUCAAACAACAGUCAAAAUGUAGAGAAACAGAUCAUACAUUCUUAGUUUUGUUUUAGAAAAUAUUCAUAUUUUGCAUUAAAUUUUGCCCUAUACAUUUGUAGACAAAAUGUACUACUUCAGUCCUAUGUACUACCCCAGAAAAGAAAAUAACUUGGACGGAUGGAACCUCUCAGACCGCCCCUUUGCAGAGUGUUAA